AAAGUAAUACAAACAAACUGAUAAUACUUCUUUUGAGUAACAUUUUCAGUGGAGGACUUUUACUUAAGAGUAUUAAUUUUCUACAGUAUCAGUAGCCUAUACUUUUAUUUAAGUAAAGCAUCUGAACCCUUAAUACAACACUGCCCACUGUCAUUUAUUUCUCAUGCUAAAGGCAGUUUACAUGUAUAAAAACUGAGAACAUGUAGCAACAAAGAAACAAGAAACACAGAAAAGACAUAUAUAAAAGAAAAGAGGAAUAAAUAAAUAAAAAAAAAGUAAAAGAAAAUAAAUAAUGUAAUGCUUGGGAAGGGGAAUUUGGUAGAUUAAUCAUCAACUGUCCGCCAAAAAAGACCAAAACAACAUCUGAACAUCUGUCUACUUUAGACGUUUUGUUAACGGAAGGAGGGAGUUCAACCGGUCAACACGGGUUGCUACAGUAACCAACUAACCGUUAACGUAACAGCAAUACAGUAACGACUUUCACUUAGGGUCUACUUUUCGAGUAACGAGCCUCAGUGCCGGUGAGCGGAGAGACACACAGAUAGUGAUUAGUGAGAUUACUGCAGUUGUGGGCACCAUGACAACGAGGUUCUAGUGCGUCUUAAGGAGAAUGCUGCUCUCUGAUUGGCUGAAAGCUUAAAAGGCACAAAGUCCCUCAUGCAGGUAUCUCACACACUCACACACACACUCACACACUCACACACACACACUCACACUCACCGACUCUUCUCUUGCACAAGAAGCAGGGGAUGGAUAACUGAGUAACGCACGCAGAUUCACACAGGUACGUUUAACUUUAAAACUAACUUUGUGGCAGUUAAAUCUACUUAAGGUUAGUUUGAACAACAAUUUAUGUUAAAUAGGGUUGUUUAAAUCGUGUUUUUCCCCUCUAACGUUAAUAUAAGAAAUUAAUCUAUUGCUCACAUUAAGUGUAUUAUAUCGAGUUAUAGUAACGAACUAUUUCCUGAUUAAAUCCCGCUUUUUCAAAAUAGUUUUUGUAACAUAAUGAUGAUCUCCGACUUCAUAUUUUUGUAUAAAGUCAUAUAGUUAAUGUAAUUUUCGUGUUAAGCCAUCUCUACAGUGCAUAGUCAGCUUUUGUUUUAUUUGCAGACUAAUUUUAGAAUAAUCUAUAUUUUGUAGAGACUAUUUGAGGCAGAAAAUCUUUAUUACAAAAGACACAAACUACUGUGCUUAAAACCCUGGGGAAUCUGAAGGCAGAGGGCUGAUAGUGAGGAUUAAAAUAAACUUGGGGGGAAAAAAAAAUAUAUAUAUAUAUGUAUAUAAAACCUUGUUCAGUUGCUCUUUUAUAGCCACAAUCUUAAACAACUGCAACUGUGUUACUGGACCAGGGAUUAUGUUCCUAGGAGCUUCACAUGGCGGUUACAUUUAUUGCCUCAGCCUCUUACACAGUUUUAUGAAAGAUAAGCUCAUCGUGUUUCCCAUGUCGGUUGCUCCAGUGUUGAUGAGUGUAUAUCUAUAUGGAGAUAACAUUAUAUAUGAUGUAUUUUCAACGGUGUUUAAGAUGUCGUUUCACUUAUGCUAUACAGGGGUUAAUGACCGACUCUGGCGUUUCGUUAUGACAAGGGAAAAAACCCAAGUCACAUUGCCCCCUUGAACAGGACAGAAAAAAACCAGUCGCUUUAGGGUUUAAAAUAUAUAGUUUUUGCCUGCAGGCCACAGUAGCUGCUCUUUUUAUGUGCAUGUGAUCAACCCAGAUUGUGUGGGGUUAAAACACAAUAAACGUUAUCUCAGUGUUUCCACUGUGUCACAUAUUCAUAUCCUGACCUGCAUGCAGCGGGACAGAUGGGGGCAUUUACAUAUUGGGCUGUUGAUAGGGGCUUUAAAAUUUUACAGGGAUGGGAUGACAUGGCAAAGCAUGAACAGUGAACAGGAGUGCUUUUGUGCCUCUCUUGGCCUAUCUAGCAGCCCUUCCCUCUCAGGUGUUGAAACUUAUCCAAAAGUGAAUUUCUUUUCACCAGGAUCAGACAGAGCUGCCUUUAUACUAAACUUUAUUCUCUAAAAUGUGUUUGUUCUGGUAGAAAUCUUUGCUCAAAAUUGCUGUUAAACAACUGAUCCUUCAGUUUGGGCAAUUUGCAGUACUUGCACCAAUAAGAUGCUUUUAUCCAGAGUGUCUCACAUGGCCAGAAUAAUGUGUGUGAAUGUUAUCAUUGUAUUUAUUUAUUGUAUUUCAUUCUCUCUGUAUUUCACUACCUAAAAAUGAUAUAACCAAAUAAAUAAUGUCCCAAAACUAGACUGCUACAGUAAGACAACAAACUGGAUAUCACAUAGCUUCCAGGAGAUCAUUGCUGCUGCCCUCCACUCCCGCUGAAACUGAUCCGGUUGAGGAAGAUUAGGAGUGGCAUGUGUGCUGUAAUCUGAGUCACAUGCAGUAAGAGGACUAGUUCGAUAUCUGUCAGAAACACACUGACCAAUGAUACCCUGUCAUUCUCUAAGAGCAAGGCUGUCCAGUCAUCAGAAAACUGCCGUGCAUAUAAAACACACCACAGGGCUACAUAGGAUGUUACAUGUUGAGGUGGUAUUAUGUAGGUCUGUGUAUGAGACAGAGCAAAUUAAAAAUAGCCCAAUAAUUCAGACAUAUAUACAUCUCAAGGACCAUUGCGUUGGUUUUAGCCAAUUAACUGCAGCCUAUGUAUCCUUUACAUUACUCUGAACCAUUUGCCAAGGAUACUGUACUACUGUACUAAUUAAAUCUACUACUAUUUAUCACAGUUCACAUUAAGUCACCUUUAAUUUGUUUUUUCUCAAAAGUUACGUUACAGUUUCACAGUAUUGCAGCUGCGAGCCGGGACCUUUUUUUAAACUAAAUUAAUUAAAGUGUCAACAUCUUAGAGCUUAAAAGUCAAUUGUGUUCAAGCUAAAUGAGACCAAGAACACAAAGCAAAUAUGACCUUUAUGAAAACAAUACAGUGUAAAUGUAUUAUUACUUGUUGCUGUUCUGCAGCAAUUGAUGCUUUAGUGUUGAGUGUAGGGGAUUAACCAUGAAUAAUUCAAUGCAUCAAUAACAGUAGUUUUCUAAAAUUGCCUUUGAGCAAACGAAAACUUUACUUGAUGAAAAUCUAAACUUAACAAAAGCUAGUUGACCCUACAGAGGCUGUAAAGAGCUUCUAAUUUUUAACACUUUUUAUUCACUUGUAAGAGUUUAUGAGUUUGUCUUUGAACAUUUUUAAAUUCUCCUGUGAUACUUUACCCUCAAGCUCCAGCAGUGCAUACAAUACAAACUAUUGGACCCAUUUGUUCUUCAAUGGCGCGAUGAUGUAAAAAGUGUACAGCUGUCAUUCUACGAUAUUAUAAAUUAGUUAUGAAGACAAAGAUUCUUCUUCGAUAUGUUAUAAUUCUCAAACUAUCCAACCCUACAUGGUCCAACCACAAUGUACACCAUCUUUACAGUAUAGGAUAAUAACAUUAAAGUAACCCUAAGGACUUAUUUUAAUCCUGGGUUGAGGUAACUCAGGGUUACCUUUACAUGUUUGACACUGUUUACAUUGAAGCUAGUAGUAAAGACGGAUCAGUCCGACCUGGAGCUGACUGGUUCCCUGUUGUGCUCAUUAGUGCUCACACACAACAUCUCAUUUCCCUUCCUCUCCAUGGCUGUGUACAUUCAUUGGAAACAAAUGUACAGGUUAUUUGACCCCAAGCCAUAUAUUGUUAAUCGGUGUCUGUGUACAUUGUUUUGUCAUUUAUUAAUUAAUUAUAUAUGAAGCCAAAAUCUAAAUUCCCUUCACAGCUGAAAUAUUGUCCUACAGCCAUAAAUCAGAUGUGUUCAAAGCUCUGAAUUUAGAAAUAUGGUUGAUGCUUUAACAAAGAGUAUUGCAUAUUGUGGUCUGCUUUAAUGCAGCAAUUUGCCAGAUACUGGUCAGGGCUUUGUUGAUCAAUAAGUGCAUGUCACUGUUUUUGCUAAAACAUUUUAUACAGACUGCCAGUAUCGAUGGUGGGCCUCUGUUCUUAAUCUGUACCGUUCAUUAGAGGUCUGGAAAUUGUAGGAAUCUGAGUACAAGUACCAGCAUAUUGGUGUAGUCCGGUGUACCUAUUACGUUUAUUAACAUCCAUCUCUCAUUGAGAUUUUCUUGCAAGCUGAGCUAUUACUAAAGUAUGAAAAUCUCCAUAGAAAAUCCAUCAUAAUAUCACAUCAGUGUUUUCUGCCUACAGGUUCCUCAGUUAUCUGUUAACCAGAUGUCCUUUUAUGCUGAUUAGACAUUUCUGCAUUAAGGUUAACAGUAGGUGACACAAAAGCUAUUGAAAGGUUGGAGCAAAAAGAUUAAGUAAAGACCAAGUGAGAAAAUGCAAAAGUAUUGCAAGGGGAUGCAAGUAUUUUCAAGAAAAUUCCCAAUAUGGUCCUUCAUGGACUCCGUAGACUUCAUACUGUACAAAAAGGAAUGUAAACUAAUGGCUGUCUGAAAGAAAGACCAUCUAUAAACCUGUGGAAAAUUGUCCACAGAGACAGUAUAAACAUUGUUAUUGAAUCAACCAUUAAUGUCACUUAUAGAGGAACAACUUAAACUGCAAUUCUAACUCACCAUGUAUUCCCUUUUCACAGAGUGUACCACAACAAUCUGUGCCACUAACCUCAGAUAGAAUCAGGGCACUAAGAUGCCCAAAAGCGAUACCUGGCCAGGUGGCAUUGGAUUGGAGACGAUGACAGGCAUGGACAGUGCUGGCAGCUGUGACAGUGUUGUCAGCGCCAAUUCUGGCUUUAGUGAUGAUAGUCUGGAGUACUUGUCUGCUGAGGAGAAAGCCUGUCUCAUGUUUUUGGAGGAGACUAUUGAGUCUUUGGAUACCGAGGAGGACAGUGGACUGUCCAAUGAUGAACCUGACCAACUGCCCAACCCUGGCAACAUUGCUAACAAACUGGCUGACCUGUCAGCCUCCAUGAGCAAAAACAAGCUCAACAGUUCACAGAAACAUGCCUCUAAGGAACCCAUGAAGGAAAAUGUUGACACCAAACCCAUGCAGAGCUACCUGGUCCCUACACCUUUUGUUGUAGCAAGAAGCUCUCCGUGUUCUGUACCCAUUGCUAAACAGAGUGUCUCUCCGGACAAAAAUAUCAGCUGUCAACCUCAGUUCACUUCUUCAAGCAAACAACCUGGUCAUAAACACAACCAGAAACCUGCUGCUCCCCAAGUACCUUUAGAGGUUACUGUUAUGAUACCUCCUCCUACUAAAUUCAGGGACUACUCAGUUCGGACAACUGAAGGUCCUUUACCUAGAGGACCUCUGUCCUAUGAGGCACUUUUUCACCUGCGGAGGAGUGCCUCCACAAAGAAGACGCCUUUAUGUCCCACCAUCGAUCAUACUAUAGACUUGGACAAGCACCUUCCUGUUACAGCGGAAGGCCCAAACCUCGGAAAUCUUCCAAGAUUCGGCAGAUCCAACUCAGAGGCUUCCAUGUCUAAGACAGGUCCUCCAGUCGUGGCCCCCAAACCCAAAAAGAUUCCUGCCAACAUAUCUAUGAAAACACAAAAUGAAGCAGCCAUAACCUCAGAUUCUUCAUACGGUGUCAAGCAUGCAACAGACCCCCAGGUCGUGAGACUGGAAGCUUUGCAGAAGCUGGGACUCCUGAAAGAUCAACAACCAGAAAACGAGACAGUAGCCCCACUGCCUCCCCCCAAAUCUCACUCCUCUCUGGACCCAACCCCAAACAGAUUUACAAGAGGUCCAUCUAACGUUAAUCCGUCAAGAAGUCCAUCGUUUUCUCAUUCUCAAGUGCCCUCGGAGCCCAAGAACAGGCCUCUGCAGAGCAGUGCCAGUUUCCAUCACUACUCCAGACCUGACAAACAGCCUGCGUCUGUAUCGCAUCCUGCUCAAUCCAACGGACUGAAGGCGGCUGGUCUGGAGCGCUCUGCUACCAUGGACAACCACAGAAACGGUGGAAGAUGCCCUGAACCACGGUACACCACUGCAGCUCAGCCCCAAAAACCCUCAAACCCAGCCGGAUAUACCGUGAUGGUGGUGCCUGGUAUGGGAGCUGAUCGAAAAGAAGCACUCAGAAAGCUCGGACUGCUCAAAGACUAAAAACAGAUGAACAACAGAAGUCUGCCUGCGUAAGUGUGGCGCUCAGAAAGAGUUCAAGAGUACUAUCAGCUUAAAGAGAGUUAGAGCAUUAAGGGGGAACUUGGCACUUUGGCAAACUAAAGCAGAAGAGGAUGAAGAAGAGGAAGAAUUUAAAGGGGAAAUACCAGCACUUUUAAUGUAGGUUGUUUUAUUCAAAUAUUGUUCUUAUGUAGGUUUCAACAGUACCUGAAGAUCUACCUUACACAGUUCAAACCCCCGAAGCUCCUCGUAUUUCAUUGAAAUGUUAAUGUAAUGCCAUCUAAUCAGAAUCACUUGGUGUUUAACAAAUUUCAGUUAGAUAUAUGACUUGAUAAGGCACAACAGAACAAAUCAUCAACAGUGCAUAUGAAAAAAGGAAGCACUUUAAACAUCAAUAUAGUGUUGAAGUUAUAGCCUUCACUCCUCCAUCUCCAAAUCCGAUGGAGCAUUGGUUUUCUGCAUGCACUAGUAUCCACGUACACGUUUAUGGCUGUAAGAAAUUAUUUGUAAGAAGCAAAACAAGACACAUUUUAUAUUGGUGGUAACAUACUGAAGCCAUCCAUAUUGUGGCUUUCCAUUAAUCUUGUUCCUUCCUCAUCAUACUAUAUAUAAAAUGCUGCUCCGCUGUACUUAUACUUAAAGGAAACAUCGACCAAAAUCAAGCAAAUUUUUACGUUACUGGUCGUUUUAUAAAUCACAGAUGUGCCUAUAAGUGGAUUGUUAAGUACAUCCCUUGGAGCAAUCACUUUAUGCUGCUCAUAAUUAUUGUAAAAUGAAAUUUGGAAGUGUUUUGGGGUGAUUUUUCAGAGUUUUCUAAUUUUAAGUAGCUACCAGCAGUACAUUGUUAUUGAGAUCUGAUGUAUAGAUAGCUCACCGAUAUGUUUCUACUAUUUUAUACAGUAUAUAUAUGAUUCAGGUGGUUUUAAAGAUGUGACAAACAGUCCAUGUAACUGCCUUAAUUGUCAAAAUACUGGAACAAAUCAAUGAUAAUGUGAUUAUUUUUACCUACUCUAUUUCCAUAAAUGCAAGUGAAAAUAAAGAAGUCUUCAUCUUAUAUAUAGUGUAUUGUAUUUUUUAUGUAAGUUUUAAUACAGUAUUAAACUUAACAUCAGUCUGUGUAAAUAAAUAGUCAACACUUUGUUUCUUGAAACUGUUAUCACUCCAUGUAGACCUUUAAAUGUGAUUCAUUUGAGCUCUUAAUUUAAAGUUGUUUUUAAUUAAGACAAAUAUACACACAAUGGUAAAUACAUAUAUGCACAUCUUGUAUCUGGGGUCCGUCUAGAAGCAAAGUCAAUUUAAUUUUGUCCAACCUUCUUCCCUGUAACCUGCAGAGUGACUUUACAUCUCUGCUCCACUCACAGAAUAGACUAUCAGUCGUACUGCUCAUCUUACACGGCACUCGUGCAC